CGCAACGGUAUUCUUCUGUACCUGGAACCACAAUAUAGUUGCAUUGUCAGAGCAAAUCGAGCCAUCACAGACUACAUCAAAGACCACAAGUGCGAUAAUGGACAUUUCGAUACUACUGGCGGGUUUUAUGACUUCAACCUUCAUUCCGCGUCUGAAGCCAUGAUCCUCCUAGAAGAAUAUGCUGCCAGCUUCGUCCGAGAUAUGCCGCAUUCUACAAGAGUCGAAAUUCGAAAAAUGAGAGAAAGCUACGAGGUGAGCUACGCAACAAUGCAAAGGGAGUUAUAUCUAGACAUCCUAGCCCGGGGGCUCAAGGCAGAAGAGCAGUCGCAUUUCCGCGGACCAAACAUUGAGCUUUUGAACUUUGCAACGUAUUUUAAACUCGCAGUGGAUGAAAUGGAUAGGCAAUAUCUUCUCAUUCGUCGUGCAAGAAGAGCACUGUACGAGAAAGAU